AUGGUCUACAAGGCCAUGUAUGAUCUGAGGGGAACAACACGGAACCACUUCUACCCAAUCUGGUCACCAUACGCCUAUUACUUCUACUGUUACAAAUACCGGAUCACCCUCCGGGAGAAGAUGCUGCCUUGUUGUUAUAAAAGCAUCACUUAUAAGGAACAGGAGGACUUGACACUCCGGCCCCGUUUCUGCCUUCAGUGCUCCGAGUCCCCAGUAGGCCUCCAGAUGGGCAGGAGCACCACGCAGGGUGACCAUGACCAGCUUAAAGAACUGUAUUCGGCUGGGAAUUUGACGGUGCUGGCUACUGACGCUCUCCUCCACCAGGACCCAGUACAGUUAGAUUUCCAUUUCCGCCUCACCCCUCAGACCUCUGUCCAUUGGCACGGCCUUCUCUGUGACCGUCGACUUUUCCUGGAUAUCCCAUAUCGGGCCUUGGAUCAAGGCAACCAGAAAAGUUUGACUGCAACACUGGAGUACGUGGAGGAGAAGACCAAUGUGGACUCCGUGUUUGUAAACUUCCAAAAUGACCGUAAUGACAGAGGUGCCCUGCUACGUGCCUUCAGCUACAUGGGCUUUGAGCUGGUCAGACCAGGUCACCCUGCCCUCCCUCCCUGGGACAAUACCAUCUUUAUGGUGUAUCCCCUUGAAAGGGAUCUGGGCCAGCUGCCCACUAAGUCUCCCUGAGCA